AUGGCCUUGUCCAGCUCCUACAACCGUGGAGUUUCGUUUGAUACCUUCGACAAUCGAGAUGCGACCGAAUUCUCGUUGACUCUGAAUUACAAACACAAGGAUUAUAGAAACACGCGCCGUAGCAGGACGUUCCUGUGUGGCACUGAUCAAAACGACUAUUCUGAUUUUGCUUUGGAAUGGCUAAUCGACGAGCUGGUUGAUGAUGGGGAUGAAGUUGUCUGUUUGCGGGUUGUCGACAAAGACUCGAAGAUUGCUAGUGAUUCUUGCGUGGAAGAGGGCAAAUAUCGACAAGAAGCCGAAAACCUGCUCCAGCAGGUGAUUGCGAAGAAUAAGCAGGAUGAAAAGGCCAUUAGCUUGGUUAUGGAACUGGCAGUUGGUAAAGUCCAAGAGAUUAUCCAGCGGAUGAUUCAAAUCUAUGAGCCCGCAGUGCUUAUCGUAGGCACACGUGGCCGCAGUCUCAAGGGAAUGCAGGGCUUGCUCCCUGGCUCAGUAUCCAAAUACUGUCUUCAACAAUCGCCUAUCCCAGUCAUAGUCGUCAGGCCCUCCAAUAAACGGGAGAAGAAGAAGCAGAAACGACUGGCUGCUGACCCCUCUAGAAAGAGCUAUAAUCACUUUCUGAGAAUGAGCGAGGCUCGGGGGGGUCGUCUUCUUGAUACCUCAGUCAGUGGGAACAGCAGCACAUCUAGGCUUCCAGGAGAAGAAGGGGAAUCUGGAGAAUCCCCUACGGUAGCAAAUACCAUCAAAGGUUCUUCGACCAAUGGAGACACAGAACAUCACGACCACGGGUCAGAUCAAGAUCCCCAAUCAUUGUCUGUAUCAAAAGAUCCUAGCCUUGAUAAUGACGCAGAUUCAACGGGAGGCAGGAGUAAUUCUACAAUUACGAUCCCUGAAUCGCCUACUGAAGCCUCAGGAGAAGCUCUAAAGAGCCCUUCGUUACCUGUCAUGGAGAGCCCGAAUCUUAGCCCAAAUGAAGAUGACGAUGACGACGAGGACGAGGAUGAUGACACUGGCGAGGGCGAUGUUACUUAUACAGAUGGAAGCUCUCGAAUUACUACCGCAACAUCGAUCACUGAUACCCAUGAAGGUGGUUUGACAGAUGAAACACCCGCCCCUCUGCCCCACAAUACGGAUACAGAUGCAAAUCAUGUGGAGCUUAACGAUAGCAGCCAGAAGAACAUUGAAAAGGACCAGGACGAUCAUAUCCAAUUACCCAACUUUGAAGCUAGCGCUGGCUCACAUAUUGAUCCUAGCACCAGCACGACCCCUGCGACAAUGCCAGCCUCUGCCGAACCAGCAGGCGAGAAUCCCACGGAAACACAUAAACUGGAAAAGUAA